UCAUCACACAAAUUAAAUUCACACCAUUAUUCUCCCCCAUUUCUCCCUUCUCCCAAAAACUCAGCUCAAAUCUCUCUCUCUCUCACCGAGACACCGACAACACCAGCAUGAUGUGGGACGAGUGGGACGACACCAUUUUCUCCGACGCCGACCAACAACAACAACAACAACAAUCCGACCAGGAUUCCCACCUCAAUUUCGAUUUCUUCUCCGACCUCUCCAAACCCAAGGAUUACUACAAGAUAUUGGAAGUGGAUUAUGAUGCCAAUGACGAUGCCAUUCGGUCCAACUACAUCCGCCUCGCCUUGAAAUGGCAUCCGGAUAAACACAAGGACCAGGACAGUGCCACCUCCAGGUUCCAAGAGAUAAACGAAGCUUACCAAGUUUUGAGUGAUCCAGCGAAGAGAAUAGAAUAUGACAAAAAAGGGAUGCUUUACGUCUACGAUUAUAAUAUAACUGAGUAUCUAAACCGCUACAAAGGUCUUAUAUUGACGUGCAAUGGCCUCGGGAUAAGGACUUCAAUUUGGUAAGACAAAACAACCUGCACAGGAACCCUUUUCGUUAAAGCCGGGAAAAGGUUUACAACGUGCAUGGCACAUAUUUGCCCGACACUGCAAGCGGCAUCUUUGUGGAAAACAAGGACCUGUGGCUUUGGUUGUAUUUUGAGGUUGCUACUAUCAUGUGCUCGUGUAUAAAAUAGAGAAACAACAUGUUACCAUCGUUCUUGUAGAGUUGUAUUUGUAUAAUCUUCUUCUUGCCCUCGAUGCUUAUCCACAAAUUAUGGAAUUGUUCGGUGGUAGAACCCGAGACAAACCUUUUUUUGUUUGUUUUGGGUACUGAAAAAUGUACGUGGGUGACAUUUGAGAGCACAUGGAACUUAUGGUCUUGCUUUUUAA